AUGCAAGAGCGUUUUAGAGACAAACAUCAUAUAGUAGAAAAACCUAAAUUCCCUCCGAUAUCUGCUUACAAUAACAGAGUUGAGAGUAGAACAUUAGAAGAGCUUGCCAAGAUUGAAAAAGAUUUUGGAGCUCUUCAUAUGGAGUCGCUAGCAAUAAGAGAACGAGUAUUAGGAUCAGAUAAUCCAGAAGUGCCCCAUCCUGUGAUAUUCCGGGGUGCCGUAUUUGCCGACAGUUCGCGAUUUGAUCGCUGUAUUGCCUUAUGGAUGCAUGCCAUGAAAUUGAGACAGAAAAAUAACCGAACAAUUUCUAAAGAUUUGUUAAGAUUUUCCCAAGUUUUUUCUCAAAUAGUCCAUAUUGGGGUGAAACUAGCAUUUUGUGAUAUUGAAGAAGUGUUUGAACAUGCGGUGAUAGAAGUAGCUAGAGAUAUAGAACGUGUCAAAACAGAUGAAGAUGAUCGUGAUGCCUUACAAGAAAUUUAUCAAUCGAAUAUUCACACUUGUUUAUAUUUAUUAGUUAUUGCGUUAAAAGUUUGUAAAACACCAGUCGAAGAAGAAAACCUUUACAAAGUAGUGUACAAAUUUUUGAAACAUAAACCCACUUUGAAAAACGGUUACACCCCUUUACAUAUGGCUGUGGAUAGUGCAACUUUAGUGGACGAUUUUCAUGUCAAUGACGUAGUUACCUUUCCUAAUUCCGGACUUGCGGCCAUGUUGAUAAAAUGUGGGUCUGAUGUAAAUGCGCUGGAUUUUAUCGGAAACUCUCCGCUUCAUGUGAUAGUGCGUUAUACCAACCCGAUUUCCGACUUCGAUACUUUACAUCAGAUUAUGUUAUCUCUCAUUCGAGGAGGAGCCCAUAUAGAUAUUCGUAAUUAUGAACGAAAGACUCCGAUGGAAUGCACCACUACUGGCGUAGCUGAAGUUAUUAUUCGCCAACAUUAUAAGAUUUCGUUAAAAUGUUUGGCUGCCCGCUCAAUUACUGACAAUAACGUCAACUUUCAAAAUAUGAUUCCCGCCAUUUUGGAAGAUUUCAUUCAUUUACACUAA